GAGCAAGCUUCCCAGUAAACUGAUCCUAGAGCAGCUUGACUGAUGAACAGUGUACAGUGAGAGUCAGUCAGUCAGUCAGCGCGCAGCGUGUCGGACAUCUGAACCGCUUUUAGAUCAGAUCAGAGACGGAUUAUUGAGCUUUUAUUUUAUAGAGAAUCCACUGGAUGUGUAUUUGACCUGCGCUUAGAUCCAAAGGCUCGUUGCUGUCCUCGACCUGUCUGUAUGGAGAGGCAGGCGGUGAAGCGGGCCAGGGAGGCCUUCCUGAGCGGCAGGACUCGGCCUCUGGAGUUCAGACUGCAGCAGCUUCAUGCCCUGCAGAGGAUGCUCACUGAGAAAGAGACCGAGAUCUCCACUGCUCUAAAACAGGAUAUCAACAGGAGCCAGUACGACACACCGCUCUUGGAGGUCAUUGGCAUUGAGAAUGAGAUCAAGCUGGCUACAGAGAAACUGGCGGAGUGGGCGGCUCCACGGCCGGUUGAGAGGAACCUCCUCACCAUAUCGGAUGAGGUUUACAUCCAGCCGGAGCCUCUGGGAGUGGUGCUCAUCAUCGGGGCCUGGAACUACCCCUGGGCCCUCACCCUGCUGCCCCUGGUUGGGGCUAUCGCUGCUGGCAACGCAGCGGUGGUGAAGCCAUCCGAGCUCAGCGAGUUCUCGUCCCUCCUCCUCCGGGCUCUGCUGCCUCGCUAUCUGGACAAGGAUCUGUACCCGGUUGUAACGGGUGGAGUGUCAGAGACCCAGGAGCUGCUGAAGCUCAGGUUUGACCACGUCUUCUACACAGGCAGCGGCACAGUGGGGAAAGUAGUGAUGGAGGCUGCGGCUCGCCACCUCACCCCAGUGACCCUGGAGCUGGGAGGGAAAAGCCCCUGCUACAUCGACAAGGACUGUGACAUCAGAGUCGCCUGCCGUCGUAUCACUUGGGGAAAGUUUGUCAACUGCGGUCAGACGUGCAUCGCUCCAGACUUCAUCCUGUGUGAACCCUGCAUCCAGGGCCAAGUGGUGGAUCGCAUCCGGCAAACUCUCUUGGAAUUUUAUGGCGCUGAUCCCAAAUGCUCGCCAGACUACGGCCGAAUCAUCAACCAGCGUCAUUUCAUCAGAAUCAUGGGUCUGAUGGAGGGUUACACCCCUGUGGUGGGGGGACAGAGUGAUGCCUCACAGCGCUACAUUGCCCCAACAGUGCUGAAGGACGUGCCCCCUCACUCCAGGAUGAUGCAGGAGGAGAUUUUCGGCCCCCUGCUGCCUAUAGUGGCUGUGAGUGACAUGGAUGAUGCCAUCCGCUUCAUCAACGAGAGAGAGAAACCUCUGGCACUCUACAUCUUCUGCUCUGAUAAGAAGGCAACAAAAAGGAUGAUUGAGGAGACCUCAAGUGGAGGAGUUACAGUCAAUGACGUUAUGAUGCACUACACACUCAGCUCGCUCCCGUUUGGUGGUGUUGGUCAGAGUGGUAUGGGCCGCUACCAUGGUAAACACACUUUUGACCAGCUGAGCCACCAGAGGGCGUGCCUGGUCCGCUCUCUGGGCAUGGAGAGUGUCAACCUGGCCCGGUACCCUCCUCAGGACCGCCGGCGGGCGCGGAGGGUGCGGAUGGCACUCAAAUCACCCAUGGUCGACAUGUCCAAGAGGACGUUCAUCUGGGCCGUCGUUGCCACCAUCAUCAGCUUCGCCCUGUUCAUCACGCUGCUGGUCAUCCUGCUCAUAGCUUCAGGCCUCAACUGUACCUGCUGGUACUGGAGAGGCUUUUAUAACUAGAGACAGUGCCACUUCCCUUUGUUAAAAUCAAUCCAAAAGAAGAAGAAGUGCCUGCUGCAACGAUUUCCAUGUAAAGAACACAUCUGAACCCACUUUGAAUCCUCUGUUUUGUAUUCAGAUAUCUUAAAGAUAAAAUAGGAUAACCCUUUACUCUUAACUUUUAUUCGCUGUGUGUCUAUUUUGUAUCAGAUGUCCUCCUACAGCAAUGAGACCAACACGCUUAAACACUGUCCAAAAACACACGAGUCCUGUUCUGCAUUCUUCUUCUGUUUUUUAUUGAAGGUUAACAUUCACUUUUUGAGGAAAUGUGUAUUUUGCUUGUUGUUCCAAAAUAAAAGACUGUUUGAUAUAUUAUGAA